AUGUUUUCUGGUAGCAAGAAAGGACCGGCAUUCAAGCCCCAGUUGCGGGUAUGUUAUCUCUGUGGGCAGCAGUUUGGUAGUGCAUCUAUUGGUAUCCACAUACCACAAUGCUAUAACAAAAAGGUUUCUCAAUGGGAGAUUGCUGAUCCAGCAACGCGCGGAAAUAAACCAAAGCAUCCCGACACCGUUAACUGGAAAGGGGAUGGGACAGUCAGUAACAGUAAAUUAAACGAUGAACAGUUUCGUGAGUUUACCGAAAAUUUGGUUCCAUGUCGUGGGUGUGGACGAAAAUUUCUUCCUGAUCGUCUUGUUGUUCACUUGCGUAGCUGUAAAGGCGAUUCUGGUCGAGUGGCACCUCGGGCUAGUACUAGUAAUGGUGAUUUCAGUGGUGGUAGAAUUGGUGGGAAUACAAAUGAGGGUAGAUUUAACGGGAGUACCUUUUCUAGUAAAACUUCCACGCAGCGAACGCCGCGGUCACCAAGAAAAAGUACAAAUGGUUCUUCCACAAGGACACCAGGAUAUAAGCCACAAUUACCUAUUUGUUAUCUCUGUGGACAACAAUUUGGAAGUAGUUCCAUAGCGAUUCAUAUACCACAGUGUUAUGCAAAGAAACUAGCCCAAUGGGAAGUGGCGGAUGUACUCACACGCGGUAAACCACCAAAGCAUCCAGAUACAGUUAACUGGAGAGGUGAAGGAACAACUACAGAAGAAUAUAAUGAUGUACAAUUUGCCGAGUUUGUAAGUAAUUUGGAACCUUGUCCUAACUGUGGGAGGAAAUUUCUCGCAGAUCGUCUUGUUGUGCACCUUCGCUCCUGUAAACCUGGAUCUACAGCAAAACCACCCCCACAUCCUUCCCAAACCGGGGAAACCCAACCUUCUUCCAGACGACUUGGUACAGGAACAUCAGUGGUACGAGCUGCAAGUACUGAGAAUACAGAGCUGACGGCAACUAAAAAUGGUGAUCCAGAAAGAACGGUUGCCGCAGGAAAUUCACGAAGAGUUGAUCCAAAAGUAAGACGUUUACCAAAGGAUGGGAAAGUAGUUCCAGAGGGGCGUACAUGCUCACGAUGUGGUAGUGUAGAGUAUGACGCUUCUGCUAAAUAUUGUAGAGAGUGUGGUGCCAACCUCAUUUCAAAGAAUCUUCCUUCCCCGUGUACAAAGUGUGGGGAACAGAUUCCAGAAGGUUCAAGAUUCUGCGGUACAUGUGGUGUACCCAUAAACGGUGCAGCGGCUGAUGAACGCACAGCAGGAGCGGAAAAUGUUAAUGCUCCCACUAUUCGUGUAGUAGUGUGUCCAGCAUGUAAAGCCAUUUGUGAUGCUGAUGGAAAUUUCUGCGAUAAUUGUGGAGCAGCACUUGGAGAUGUUGAACCUUCUCUCUCCUCAGAAGUGACCAUAAAAGAAGUUAUGUACUGUAAAAAUUGUUGUGAAUUUAUUGAAGAGCUUACGGCGAAUUUCUGUGAAGAAUGUGGAGGACCUUUAGAGAAAAUGAAUCAGAAUGCUAUACCUGGUGAACCACCAAAUAAACCGUCUACCUUACCACCAUGUGAAGUAAAAGCCCACACCGUUCCUCAAAUGAAGCCAACAACUCCAAAAAAAAUAUCUCUAGUAAGUAGUCUGCCAUCACCUACUAAGGGAUCAUGGGAUAAAGAGAGCAAAAGUGUUAGUGAUAAUAAUAGUAAUAAUAAUAAAAAAAAAUCUUCUAGUUCAUUGGAAAAAGGAAAUGAAAAAUCUUCAACUAGUAAGAUUCCCUCACCACCCAAGUAUACUGCACCGAAAAAUAAUGAGGAGGACUAUGAGGAGGAUGUUUUUGUUGAUGUUGCUCGUGUGGAGUGCAGUAAUUGUGGCAGAAAGUUUGUUAUGGAAGCCUUAGAACGACAUGAACGUGUUUGUACCUCACAAAAGAAGCGAAAAGUCUUUAAUGUGCGUGCUAUGCGCCUUACUGGCACGGAUGCAGAAAAAAUUCAAAGAUCAAGUAGUCUCACUCACUCACCAAAGUGUAUCCCAAAAAAGAACUGGAGAGCAGAAAGUGAGGCAUUUAGGCGCGCAAUGCGUGAGGCGCGUAUGGUUGAUAAAGUACUAAAGUCUGGUGGAGAUGCCAGAGACCUUCCACCUCCAACGUACAGUGAAAAUAGUCAUUAUAUACCUUGCCCACAUUGUGGUAGAAAAUUUGCCCCGGAUGUGGCAGAACGACACAUUCCUCGAUGCGCAACCACAGUAAACAAACCCAAACCACCUCCAAGGAGAAGAUGA